AUGACUCUUGGAGAUUUGAGUAAGCUGAAUCAUUGUCAAGGGAAUCUACACAUACGUGACAUUGGAAACGAACACUAUGCGGUUGAAGCCAAGAAUGCACAGCUUAUGUCUCUACAAAACCUGGUUUCUUUGGAGCUAAAUUUCUCGCGGAGCAGCAAAUCACAUAGAAAAAAAGAAGUGUCGCGAGCUUUACUGUCAGCCCUGAAGCCACCUCCAGGCUUGAAAUCCCUUGAAAUCAGAGAAUACAUUGGUGCAACCAUUCCGAAUUGGUUAGUUACUCUAGUCAAUUUGACAAGGCUCGUCCUGAAAGAUUUCCAUGAAUGUAAAGCCUUACCACCUUGUGGAAAACUACCCUCUCUUAAAGUCCUCCAUAUAGAAGCCAUGGGAAAUCUAGAAAUAGUCGGACCAGAGUUUUUCGGAGUGGAAUUUUCAGGCAGUAAUCACACAACGGAGGUGGAACGCUUCUCCAAGUCAUUUCCGAAGCUGGAAGAACUUUGUUUUCGGGACUUGGCCAAAUGGGAAGAGUGGUCAGGUUUCAGUUACUCAAGUUCGAUGAGCUUAUCAUCAGACUUCUCAUACUCAACACCAGAGUACUUGUCUUACUCGACGGCCUCCCCUGACCCUGAGUUGUUGACCUACACAAAGGCCUCACCAGAGUUAUUCUAUACACCCUCACCAGAGUUCAAAUACUCAACGACCUCAUCAUCCGACCUCACAUACUCAACGACCAUAAUGCCAUCUCUUGUCUCCAUGGAAAUUUCCAACUGUCACAAGCUAGCUACUGUUCCAAACUUCAUAACAAAUGUUGGAGUUUUGACCAUUGAAAAUUGUCCAAUACUCGAGCAACGUUUACAAAAACUACGUGAGGAAGUGGAGUGGAUCAGAAUCUCUCAUAUCCCAAAUACUCGGGGACUGCAACAACGUCUAACUACCCAUAAUUGA